AUGGGUUUGAGACAUCAAAACUGCAGAUCCUUUUCUUCUUCUUCUUCUUCUGGUUGCUUCUCUAUCAGAUCCUCAACCAUUUUAACUAUCGCUAUCCUCUUUACUACAGUUUAGCUCUUCAUUUCGCCGAUUAGGCAAGUGCCUGAACCAUUCUCUUGGGUAGCAAGGCAAGCAAGAUUCAAUGGUGACCUUAGAGAUGCUAAAUUUCCCUGGAACAGUCUUUGUUUUGGAAAUAAUUUUGAGAAGCUUAAGCUUGCAGUAUUCUCCAAGACAUGGCCAAUUGGUGCGGCCCCUGGUGGCAUGGAGCGUCAUGCUGCUACAUUAUACCAUGCUUUAACUGCUAUGGGGCAUGAAAUUCAUGUUUUCACCGUGCCUUCUGAUAGAAAGCCCCACCUUGACAUCCAUGACGGUAACCUACAUGUAUAUUUUGCAGCCAAUGAUCAUGGUUCAGUAAAUUGUUCUUUAGUAUUUGAGAUAUUUAACACAAUAAACGCCAAUGGAGCAUUUGAUUAUGUGCAUACUGAGAGUGUUUCCCUGCCUCAUUGGCGUGCGAAAAUGGUGCCUCAUGUGGCUGUAACUUGGCAUGGGAUCUGGUAUGAAAUUAUGCAUUCAAAGUUAUUUGAAGAGCUUGUUUUUAAUGCACAAGAGGCUAUGCCAAAACCAGUUGGAGAGCUUCAGGAAGCAAUGCCAAGACUAGUGGAUGAGAUCAGGUUCUUUCCAAGCUAUACACAACAUAUAUGUAUAAGCAAGAGUGCUGGUGACGUGCUGGUCAACAUCUAUCAGCUCUCUCAAAGAAAUGUCCAUGUUAUACUAAACGGAGUUGAUGAGACCAAAUUUGUUCAUGAUCCAAAAGCCAGUGCAAGGUUCAGGGAAAAGCAUGGAAUUCCUGAAAACGUAAGCCUAGUGUUGGGAGUUGCCGGGCGUUUAGUUAGAGACAAAGGGCAUCCACUUCUCUAUGAAGCCUUCUCAAAUAUAACCAAAAGAUAUGCUGGUACAUAUCUCCUUGUAGCAGGAUCUGGUCCAUGGGGAAAAAGGUAUGCAGAAUUAGGCCCAAAUGUGAAGGUUUUAGGCGCAUUGGAGCCUUCAGAGCUGUCCGAAUUCUACAAUGCCCUCGAUAUGUUUGUGAACCCAACGUUGAGGCCUCAAGGGCUCGAUCUUACCUUGAUCGAAGCAAUGCACUGUGGGAAACCAGUUUUGACCCCCAAUUAUCCUAUUAUAGUUGGGACAGUAGUCGUCAAUGAAAGUUUUGGAUACACUUUCUCACCCAAUGUAGAGUCCUUUGUUGAAGCCUUGAAAUCAGUUAUAAGAGAUGGGCCUAAAGUGUUGCACAGAAAGGGCUUUGCUUGCAGGGAAUAUGCACUUUCAAUGUUUACAGCUAGUAAAAUGGCAUCAGCUUAUGAAAGGUUCUUUCUCUGCAUGAAGAAUGGAAGAUUCUGUCAGUACCCUCUUCCCACAGAUUGUUAGAAACAUUUUUUUCUUAACCUUUUUAUUUUUCUCAAAUUGCUGUUGGUAUAUGAAGAUUUAAUAUACUAUAGAAUCUGGAUUUAUUUAUAUGCUUGU